UCCCUAGCGAGUCCGCCCAACCUGACGCCGAAUCCCUCGUCGCGGCCGCUCCUGACGUCGCCGAUGGCCGGAAAGGAGGGGUCUUUCUCGCUGAAGCCGUGCAGCGGCGCCAGACGUGUCACGGAGGAGGAGGAGGAUGCCCUGGUCUGUAACGCCGGAAGUGGCGCGUCUGCCCUGAAGUCGUGCAGCAACAGAGGCGGCGGCAAGAACCUGGGGGGCUUCUCGCUGAAGCCGUGCAGCAACAGAGGCCGCGGCAGGAACCUGGGGGGCUUCUCGCUGAAGUCGUGCACCACCGCAAGUACGGUGGCGGCGGCGGCGUUUGCCGGCGAGGAGUUUCACUUCAAGCAGCGCGCAACAAAGAGCAUGGAGGACGCCACCGGGGAGCAGGAGUGUCCGCUGAAGGUCUGCUCCACCAAAAGGAAGGUGCCGGCUGACGGGCACGACGAGGAAGAUAUUGUUCUUGCCGAGUCAACCAUUGAUGAGACCAAAGAGCAGGCUGUCAAAGUAGCAGAAGCGGACUCCCAGGUGGACGGUGCCGAUGAUGAUGAUGAACCCGUCUCUGAAGCAGUGUUUGCAGCCUUUUACGAGGAGCUGAAGGCCGACUACGAGAGGCUCUAUGUCGAAAGGGUUUUGCCUUUGGAGCUCAAGAAUGCAAGUCUUCUGCAAAGACAAUGCAAGGCUGAAUCUGUUCUUGAAUCCAACUAAUAUCAUCGCGGAUUUACUUACGCCUGACUGGUUCACCGAUGUUGUGCGGUCUAUUUACCUUUCUACUCCGAUGCUGUCAUCUUGUCAAGCUUAGUUCUAUAUGCUGUCUAUAUUAUGGAUUCAUCGGCAUCUUUGUCAUGCUGUGAUAUUGCUUUUAAGUGGUGCUGUCACCUUA